GUUGGAAGUCUAGAAAAGCUCACAGGCUACGGAGAAGACUUCAUUCUGAUUCACGGGUGUCGCAUCGCUGACAUCGAGAGUGACUUGGUUUGUUUCUGCUCUUCGUACUCGUGCGAUUUUUCUUACUCCGAAUUUCUUGUUCUUCGAUCAAAAUGAGGGAAUGCAUCUCCGUGCAUAUUGGCCAGGCCGGCGUCCAGAUCGGCAACGCCUGCUGGGAGCUGUACUGCCUCGAGCACGGCAUUCAGCCCGAUGGGCAGAUGCCCUCCGACAAGACCGUGGGCGGCGGCGACGACAGCUUCAACACCUUCUUCAGCGAGACGGGGGCGGGCAAGCACGUGCCCCGGGCGGUCUUCGUCGAUCUCGAGCCGACGGUCGUAGAUGAGGUCCGGACCGGCACCUACCGCCAACUUUUCCAUCCUGAGCAGCUCAUCACCGGAAAAGAAGACGCCGCCAACAACUAUGCCCGCGGCCACUACACCAUCGGCAAAGAGAUCGUCGAUGUCGUUCUGGACAGGAUACGAAAACUGUCCGACCAAUGUACAGGUUUACAGGGAUUUUUGGUCUUCCACUCGUUUGGUGGCGGAACUGGAUCUGGAUUCACGAGUUUGUUGAUGGAAAGACUUAGUGUGGACUACGGCAAGAAAUCGAAAUUGGAAUUUUCAAUAUAUCCCGCCCCACAGAUAUCCACAGCUGUAGUUGAACCCUACAACUCUAUUCUCACCACGCAUACUACUCUGGAACAUUCUGACUGUGCUUUCAUGGUCGAUAAUGAAGCAAUUUACGAUAUUUGCAGAAGGAAUCUAGAUAUCGAAAGACCUACCUACACCAAUUUGAAUAGACUCAUUGGUCAGAUUGUGUCUUCCAUCACAGCUUCCCUCAGGUUCGACGGUGCCUUGAACGUGGACCUCACCGAGUUUCAAACUAACUUGGUCCCUUAUCCGAGGAUUCACUUUCCACUGGCUACUUACGCUCCUGUCAUUUCAGCUGAAAAGGCUUACCACGAACAACUAACGGUAUCAGAGAUCACGAAUGCCUGUUUCGAGCCUGCCAAUCAGUUGGUCAAGUGCGAUCCCAGGCAUGGAAAGUAUAUGGCAUGCUGCAUGCUCUUCAGAGGAGAUGUGGUCCCCAAAGACGUCAACGCAGCCAUCGCAACAAUCAAAACCAAACGCACCAUCCAGUUCGUCGAUUGGUGUCCCACAGGCUUCAAAGUGGGCAUCAACUACCAACCGCCCACAGUGGUGCCAGGAGGAGACUUGGCCAAAGUCCAGAGGGCGGUCUGCAUGUUGGCCAACACCACAGCUAUUGCCGAAGCUUGGGCCAGACUGGACCAUAAGUUCGACCUGAUGUACGCUAAAAGAGCGUUCGUGCAUUGGUACGUCGGUGAGGGCAUGGAGGAAGGGGAAUUCUCUGAAGCCAGGGAAGAUUUGGCGGCGUUGGAGAAGGAUUACGAAGAGGUGGCUGUGGAUUCUAUUGAAGCUGAAGCAGAUGAAGGAGACGAGUACUGAUGAUGAACUGGACUUCAUCAGUUCUCAAAUUAUUUGAGUGUUUUUAAAUUUUAAUAUUUUGUUAGAUUAUACAUAACUGUCGACCUCUUCAUCAGUUUUAAUGUUGUUAACAUGAAUGCACAUAUUAUAUUUUGAAAAUUUUGCAACAAAUAUUUGUGUUUUACUUCGAGUUUGGGAUAUACAGAGAAGUGCACAAAAAACGGC